UGACCGCUGUGUGAACCAAUACCAAUUGCCAAUAGGACGGUGUAUGCAAAUGAACCAACAUGUUCGACCAAUGAGCGCGCCAGUGGGAGUGGCUACACGGAGCCCCAAAACUGAUCCAGUGAAAUUUCUCCGACCAGUGAUCCGCUCGCUGCUCCGCGAUCGAGGAUAGUUGUACGUCUCAUUUCUUUCGGGUCCUUCUUUUUAUUAGUUUUUGCGUAUAUGUUCGGUGUUCUUACGCAUGACGGAUUGGUUUGGUUACAUACGCACAAGGAAUGUUUCUGCACUUGUUCGGCGCUGGUCUCUGAUGGAACAAGACACAGGCUUUCUGUGCCCGUUUGUUUUUGGAUACAGCGUAGAUCCCAGAUCCCUUGGAAUGCAGAAAUCAACGUAGGACAUAUGUAACAAGUCCUCAAACCAUUCGGAGGGUCUUGCCACAGGGUAUCAAGACAAGGAAAAGCAGUUGUAAAUGGAUCGUCAUUCCAGCCUUGUUUCUCUUUGGUUUCAGCUGGAACUUUGUGCGAUGGCUGUUCUUCUCACGAAAGGAGAGAUCAGGUGCUACUGUGAUGCACCGCACUGCGUUGCCACUGGAUACAUGUGUAAAUCUGAGCUCAACGCGUGCUUCACUAAGGUCCUGGACCCACUUAACACAAACUCACCUCUUACGCAUGGCUGCGUAGAUUCUCUUUUAAACUCCGCGGAUGUGUGCUCCAGCAAAAACAUGGAUGUUUCCGGCGGAAGCUUUUCUCCCGUAGAGUGUUGCCAUGAUGAUAUGUGUAACUACAGGGGUCUGCAUGACCUUACGCACCCUCGAGGUGACUCAACAGACCGAUACCACAGCUCCAAUCAGAACCUGAUCACGAGAGUACAAGAGUUAACGUCCGCUAAAGAGGUGUGGUUCCGGGCGGCAGUGAUAGCGGUUCCCAUCGCGGGUGGCCUUAUCCUGGUUCUGCUGAUUAUGCUGGCGUUGCGAAUGCUCCGUAGCGAAAACAAGCGUCUACAGGCCCAGCGCCAACAGAUGCUGUCUCGCCUGCAUUACAGUUUUCAUGGACACCACCAUGCCAAGAAAGGCCACGUGGCCAAGUUGGACUUGGAGUGCAUGGUGCCGGUAACAGGACAUGAGAACUGCUGUCUGGGCUGCGAUAAACUGCGGCAGACGGAGUUGUGCGCGGGAGGAGGAAGUGGAGGUGAACGCCUACUAUCUCUGGUGCACUGGGGGAUGUACUCGGGGCACGGCAAGCUGGAGUUCGUAUGACUACUCGGAACUCGUUCAGGCACAAAAGGGUAACUGUGUAGUUUGCUGUCAUAAUUUUAUUAUCGUCCCGCUUGGUGCGUUAUUUUAUUGUCUCCAUAGGGAGCGAAGAAAUUUCAAGGACGCACAUUUUUGUGUUUUCUCAAAAGAGCACUUUACUUGAAUUAGAAUGGCCGGUCACUGUGGGGUUGUGGUGAAUAUGAAAGUGGGCGGGGCUAAGGACUGCAAACCCCGCCCCUUUACCCACCAAGCCGUGUCCUGUGGAUCCUGGAAUGACACUGAAGGAUUCGUAAAGACGGUCUUAUUUUGCACAUUUGUAUAAAACGGACAAGAUGACUAUGGGAUGGUUGGAAAGUUGCAUUCGAAGCGGCUUUUUUUUUUUUUUUUUUUUUUGAAGAAUUUUACACUGACACCAGGGUACAAAAAAGGUUUGUUGUAGUCAAAUUGUAUGAAUAAAGGAUCCAAUCUUGACUGUAACAAAUCACACACCUCUGCUUAUGAUUUCGUUAAUCAAACAGAUUUGUGUAGUUCAACUGUGUGUGUGUGUGUGUGUGUGUGUGUUGAGUGAUGAAGGUCAGUCAGUAGCAGGGAAACUGACACAGAGGCCUUGUUCUAAAGUAGUGCCCUUCAUCUGACUGCGUCAUCUCUGAAACCCCUCCAAAAGGGACACAUUACAUCUCUCUGGCUUUCUCAGCUGCUCUCUUGGGAUUAAUACUGGAGGUAGAGCGAGUAUUUAUUUAGUAAGUGAGGGAAUGUCGGUAAGCUGUGAGUUCAGAGUCCUUCGCCUGCACUCGCUGAACACAGUAAUUCCCUUGUAUGCACUCUGGCUUGACUUUACAAUCCACAAAUCACGGGCAGAUUUGAGAACUGUGAAACUUUUUUUGACCUACUUUGAAAACAUGAUUGCAGCUUCACACACUAAAUGUCCUUAAGACCAGCAGCCGUUGCUAACAUUCCUCUGUGAUAAAGUUCAUUGCGGUAGAUUCACGGCAGAGACUCCACGUGACAGCUGCCCCUCUUUUUCAGAGGAUUGUUGGUGAAAUCAACUCCUUGAGAUGAAAAAGGAGCAAAUAAAAGUACUUUAUUUCAAAAAAUACAUUUGUGAAGGGCAAAAAUGAUAAGGUUUAUAUACAGUGGCCACAAAAAAGCAUUUUAAAUUAAGGAAAAAAAUAUAAAGUAUGCUUAAAAUGUCUUUAAAAUGAGUGCAUUAGAUUAGAAACUAUUGAACACAUCUUUUACAAACACACUUUUCAAGCCAAAUAUUUUGCAAAAAGAAGUUUGUAAGUUUUUAAAUAAAACAAUUUAUAUAGUGGUUAAAACUAAGGCACUUUCUGGUUGUAACAUGUACAUAGUUAAUGUGAUGAAUGAAACCCGUGUGAACUUCCCAGCUAACAAAACAAUAUGUUCUAAGAGUGUUUGCUACCGUUCCCAUUAAGCCUUAAGGUAUGAAAAUGUUAUUACUUAAUGUUCUGUGAACAUUAAAAAAAAAACAGUUUAUUAAAUGUUUCAAAAAUGUUUUUUCUGGGUUAUAUGAACGUUAAUGGGAAUGUUACUUUUGUAUGUUCUCGGAACAUUCUGAAACGGGUAGUAACGUUUAAAAAAACGUUAAAUUAACUUCUAACUAAAAUGUUUCAGGAAAAAAGUUCCAUUAACAAUGUAUAUGUAAUGUUUUUAUGCUAACAUUUAGAGAUCAUUCUUAAAGACCAAAUAAAUUUGAAUGAAUAUUUAUUUAAUAUUUGUAAACAACAUUUGUCCAGAAUUUCUGAGAACAUUCCCUUUUAGCUGGGUUCAUACAUCAAUAAAAAAAAGAAAAAAGGAUAAAAGUCACAGCAAAAUUGGCUUAGAAAGUGAAGUUCGUUCUGAGAAAAGCUCUAGCAUCAUUUGUUUGUAGAUGACUCUGAUAUUUUUUUUUAUUUGUGAUUUAUUUUACAUUUACACUUUCCAGAAGUAUACUUUUUAGGCCACUGUAUGUGAAUAGCUCCAAAUGUGUGUUAAAAAUUAUCCGAUGAACAUCAGAACUUGAUUUUGAAGAUGUGAAUUUAAAAUGUUUAAAAAAGUAUAGUUUAAUAGUCAUCUAUAGUAAUGUAUUUACAAGUUGAAUCAAAAAAUUGAAAAUACCAUUUCAAAAAACCCUAUAACAAAGUCAUAAAAACAUGAUUAUAUAAUACCUUGAACUUCUUUCUUCAUUGAAAUGUUUCCAGUAUUACUCUGUCCCUGACUAAAGUGUGUUGUCCUGUCUGCAGCUUCCUCUCACGCCUGCCCUCCUUCUCUCUCUCUCUUCCAUGUGUCUCAGCUGACCUUGCUGUAUGUCAGGACCCCAGGAAGACGCCAUUAGCUGGCGGUCCACUUAACAGGCGCUAGCAUUACUGAGUUUAGCCUCCCCCUGGACUAUUAGCGCUCGGUUAAUGAUAACAAAAGCCUGAGAGUUUGGACGAGCUAAUGAUCUCAUUGUGUUCUCAGCUUCACUUUGGCCAAUCAUCUGCUUCAGAGACUAAAUGUGCUUUAAUCAAAUGUGUCUCCAAAUAAGUUUUAUUCCCCAACUUAAUAGUCCCCCCUCCCUAUUUUUUUUUUUUUUUUCUAAAAUUUUGUUCACUUUUUUAUGGUCAGUAGUUGCAGUUAACAGGCCACUCUGGAAUAAUAUUUUUACAUUUACAUUUUAUUAAAUGAACAAUCAAUGAACAGAGAGAGUUUGGAAUGAGAUGCUGCAAUGCGUUUUGUAAAAUAAAAUAAAAACACAUCA